UCUUGUGUCCAGAUAUGGGUCAGUUUGACGCUACGAAGGGGAAGCAGGCUCUGGAGAUCCGCAGUAGUCUGUCGGAAAGGAGGGCGCUGACGGAUCCUAUCCUGCCCGGCGACAGCGGUGAUCACGCUCACAGACUCCAAUGGGCAAAGGCUCACGAGCUUCCCGAGAGCAUGUGUCUUAACUUUGACUGCGGGGCUCAGAUCAAGCUGGGCUUCGCUGCAGAGUUCUCCAACGUGCUCGUCAUUUACACUCACAUCGUGAAGAAGCCCGAAAACAUGUCAUCCUGCCAGGCGCACGUCACAGACUUCUCCCAGGACCUUGAUGUGGACCCUAAGGAGAUGAACAGAGAGACCCCAGAGGAGACCGGGAUCUACCUUCUGUCCAGCAACCUGCCCCAGCACUGCCUCUACACCAGAGUCAGCUCUCUGCAGAAACUCAGGGAGGAGCUGGUCUUUACCGUGUGCCUUCAGGGAACUUUCCCCGCCAUGGACGAUGAAUCCGUCCACUGGACCAAAAGCAUCAGCAUCGGCCGGCCGCUGAUUGCCGGCCUGGACCUGAACCGGGCCAUGAGGAGGAACAGCUGUCUGCAGACCUGCCUGAUCCCCCACAGCCCGUCCCACAGCCCCUGCCACAGCCCCGGGCCCGAACACCACCUGCACCCACCCCACGGGGGGCACCAGGUACAGGACUACAGCCGCCUGUCACCACUACACCUCUGCCCUGACGUCACAGAGCGCUUCCAGGGUGCAGUGGGGGGCUGUGGGGAUUCCUACUACGACAACCUGUGCCAGCCUUUCUACGAACCUGCUGCCGGACUUUCAAGCUCCCCAGGCCAGCUCAGCAUCCCCAUAGAGACCACCGACGACAUCACCGAGCUGCAGACCGUGUUCAUCAACAGCCUGCAGCUUCAGCAGCAGUGAGACGCCUUCAAAUGUCUGGAUUACUGCUGCUCCUUCUGUUAAAGGAUUUGACUUAAUUCACUGUUCUUUUAAAUAUUGUAUUCUCCUAUGAACUUUUAUUUUUGGGAGUUUUUUUAUAGGUAUCUAUCUAGUAUAAUGAAGAAAAGUGUAGUAAACAGGGAUGAUUGCUGCGAUUAUGUGUGGUACAGUAGAGGUGUCAAUUUACUAAUAGUUGACAGAAGAAAAGCAAAGAUACUGGAUGGUAGUAGCAAGAUCAGACAUGUUUUACAAAGCUAGAAUUGUAAAUCUUAAAUAAUGUUUGUUUUUAAAUAUGAGCCAAAUGAGAACUUACUGUAUAUAAUAUUAUGGGGCUGUAUGAUUUAGGUGGAAUAAUAUGAACACAAGGCCUUGCCUGUCUUUACUGCAAGAAAAGCAUUGUAAACAUUUGUUCAUGUAAGUAUUUUUUUAAAGGAGCAGUCAGAUGAAAGAGAGGCUGGAGAUGAUACAGUUUUCUGUACAAACCAUCAGCCGACAUUUUAUAAUAAAAUAAACUUGGCCGUAAAAACAUUAUGUCUGACAUAAAAUCUGAUUUAAAUCUGCCACCCAUUUUCCCAAAAGCUAUCAAUGUUCUGUUUUGUAUCCCUCAACAUGGCCAAAAAAGGCUUGUCUAUUAAGACUUAGUUCUGCUCCACUAGCUGUGUCUACUCUCUAGACCUGCCUGCUGCACCUAUUCUCAGCAGCUCCUCUCAUAUUGGCGUUUAGUCACUGUUUGCUCUUCAGUGAACUGCAAAACUUCCCAAAAUAGUUCCACUCACUAACUUUCCUGCUGCGAUUUAAAGCACUAUUCACUUGAUAAUCCCCAACAAAUGUAAGAUGCAAUGUAAUAACGUAACCAGAUGAGUG